AUGGACGCCUCCGUCAGAACGCCUUUGCUCCACGGCCAGGCCGGGCAUGCCGACGAGGGAUUGCCCACGCCAGCCGCCUAUGGCCAGGUCCAAGACCAUCCUGCAUUCCUGAGAGCAUGCCACUCGCCAUGGCGUUGUCUGCCGCAGAACGCCCUCUGCUGGAUUCGAGGAGGUGUCGUUGCCUACUUGACCGCAGUCGGUGCAAUGAUCCUCGACUACAAGCUUCGAGAGAAGUCGCCGUACUCGAACUGGCGCGUCGUCUUUGAUUUUUCCAUCGUCACUUAUUCUCUGCUUUUGAUUUACCACUUGGUAGUGCUGGGUUGGACCUACACCCAUCUCUACCACCCGCACAUUGACGACAGCAACCGUGGCUAG